UCUUCCAUCACCUCUCCCAGCACCAUGCCCUACGACUGCUGCCUGCCCAACCUGAGCUGCCGCACCAGCUGCUGCUCCCGGCCCUGCGUGGCCCCCAGCUGCCACAGCUGCACCCUGCCUGGGGCCUGCAACAUCCCUGCCAAUGUGGACAACUGCAACUGGCUCUGUGAGGGCUCCUUCAAUGGCAGCGAGAAGGAGACCAUGCAGUUCCUGAACGACNGCCUGGCCAGCUACCUGGAGAAGGUGCGCCAGCUGGAGCGGGAGAACGCGGAGCUGGAGAGUCGCAUCCGGGAGUAUUGCCAACCACAGGAGCCCUUGUUGUGCCCCAGCUACCAGUCCUACUUCCGGACCAUCGAGGAGCUCCAGCAGAAGAUUCUGUGCAGCAAGUCUGAGAACGCCAGGCUGGUGGUGCAGAUCGACAACGCCAAGCUGGCCGCAGAUGACUUCAGGACCAAGUAUGAGACCGAGAUGUCCCUGCGGCAGCUGGUGGAGUCAGACAUCAACAGCCUGCGUAGGAUCCUGGACGAGCUGACCCUGUGCAAGUCUGACCUGGAGGCCCAGGUGGAGUCCCUGAAGGAGGAACUGCUGUCCCUCAAGCAGAACCAUGAGCAGGAAGUCAACACCCUGCGCUGCCAGAUUGGAGACCGGUUACAGAGUGAAGGCUGGGAUUCUUCUCAAAUGUUGUUUGCUCUUUUCUGCCACUGCCUCUGA